AUGGUUCUGUACAACGAAACCACAGAACAAUAUCCUGGCACCUAUGGGUCCCAUGACCAGCCCGUCGAUGAGAGUCACUGCACUGAGGAAGAAGAUAUCACCAACCCACGACAGGCUAGUCAGCAAAGAGGACACGGUGGACAGUCAACUGCAGAAGAUACAGACGAGAUGGGCCGUAACGGUGCCCGCCUGCUGGAGAACCCGAUGUACGCGGUGGGUGUGUUACAACAAGAUGACGGAGGUUCCCUCCGAGAGGACGAAACCAAACAAGAAUCUCCUGGUACCGAUGAGUUCCAUCAGAAUCCGGGCAACGACGUGUACCACUGCAUUGGUGACGAUGAAAGAACCAGCCCACGACAGGCUAGUCACCAAAGCGGACACGGUGGACAGCCAACUGCAGAAGAUACAGACAAGACGGGCCGUAACGGUGACCUGUUGCAGAACCAGAUGUACGCGGCGGGUGUGUUACGUCAAGACGACGGAGAGCCUGUAACAAAUACCAGACGAAGCGGACACGAUGGACACUCAACUGCAGAAGAUACAGACAAGACGGGCCGUAACGGUGCCCGCCUGUUGGAGAACCCGAUGUACGCGGCGGGUGUGUUACCACAGGACGACGGAGUUGUAGCUGCGGUCAUUGGUGCAGGAGCUGGUCUCGUCACAUUCCUCACAACCGUGAAGGAGACUCAUCCUCCAACACACAACAGUUCUCUGGAGCGGAGUGGUACGUCAAGCCGACCAGUGUCACCAUUCCCCACCACCCCUACCGAUUCUACACUGGAAAACAAAAAUGGAAACCUCUCGUCUUAG